AUGACUUGGCUUGCAAAUAAACGCAUUCAAGAUCAUUUGCUAUCAAAUAAGCUUGAUAUAAUCAUGGAAAAUCGUAAUAUAGUUCAUAAUAUUAUCAAUGCCAUUAUGUACCUUAUAAAAUGUAAUAUAGCCUUUUGGGGUUCUAAUUCGAAUGAAGAGAAUCGUGCCUAUAGCAUCAUAUUAGAUGGAACAUAUGAUGUGUCUAAAAAAGAAUGCAUAGCUUUGCUUGUACGGUAUAUAGAAGAUGAUCUGCAUCCACAUCCUGUAGAAAGGAUCAUACAUGUUUUUACAACAUCAGAAACCACUGGGGAAAAUAUAAAGAAACAUGUUUUUUCUAAGUUUAAUGAUCUUGGUCUUCCUCUUGAUUAUUUGGUUGGACAAAGUAUGGAUGGUGCAGGGAAUAUGAGAGGAGUAUACAAAGGAAUGCAGGCUUUAAUAUUGAAAGAGGCUCCAAAAGCCAUCUAUAUUUGGUGCCAUGCACAUCGGCUAAAUUUAGUAGUUGCUCAUGUUUGUGGAUGCAAAAUUGAAAUGAAAAAGGCAAUGGGAAUAUUAGAUGAGUUAUAUAAUUUUAUGAAUGGAGUUAGACGUCAAGGUGUGUUUGUUAAAUAUCAAAUGAGAAAGUCCAAGAAAUCUCUUAAAAGAAUUAAAAACACAACAAGAAAUUGGUCAUCAUCCUACAAAUCUGUAGAAAUCUUUUUAGAUGUUUAUGAACAUAUUUUAGCAUCAUCAGUUGAAUUAAAAGAUUCUAAUGACCCAAGCACCUCUUCCAUUGCCGUUGGGUUAUUAUCAAGAAUUAAAGAUGAAAAUUUUAUAUUAAGUCUUUUUAUUUUGAAAGAAAUAUUGAAAUGUACACAUGAGGCUUGUAUUGAAAUGCAAGCAGUUGGUAAUGAUUUGGCUUUGGUAACCAAAUUAAUACAACAUACAAAAAAUAAAUUACAAAAACUAAAAGGUUAA